UGAACCAGACACAAACAAACAGAGAGAGAGGAAGAGACUCACACACACACGGGCUGAGCGGGGAGACAGACGGAGUUACACCAGACAGAGACCGAGCUCAAACCGGGCGCACAUUAGGAGUGCGUAAAACCACAGCCUGAGCGCCGAAACGCAGCUAUAGUGGCUGAUUGUACGUUGGAUAAUUUUUUUUUAUGUGUGUGUGUUGAGUUUACGAGUUGACGACUUUAUUUGAGUCCGUUCCCAUGAUUUUUCAGCAGCUUUCAGUUUUCUGAAUGGACGCGCUGCCUGGGAAGCUUCUCCUCCGCAGACAUGGAAAUAAUGCGCGUUGCUGAGCGCGUCGCCGGAUGCUGAGGAGGAUAAUAAGCCCGUCUCUUGCUUUCAUUUUGAGUUUUUUUUUUUUUUUUAGAUUUCUUUUCCCGAACUGAAUACAAAAAAAAAAAAAACAUGGACGGCACCAGCUUCCAGCCCCAUCCCGGACUUCAGCAAACUCUGAAGCAGUUCCACCUGAGCUCCAUGCGCUCCCUCGGCGGGCCGGCGGCGUUCUCCGCCCGCUGGCCCCAGGACGCGCUCUUCUCCGGGAAAGAUGACGGUAGUGGUGGGAAAUCCGCGGAGAUCCUGCUGUCCCUGCCCACCCAGACCCCGCCGGUGAUGUCCGGGCCACUUUUCAUCCCCUCCGACCGCUCCACGGAGCGCUGCGAGACGGUGCUGGAGCGGGAGCCCGUCUCCUGCUUCGUGGUCGGCGGGGAGAAGCGGCUGUGUCUGCCGCAGAUCCUCAACAGCGUGCUGCGGGACUUCUCCCUGCAGCAGAUCAACUCGGUGUGCGACGACCUGCACAUCUACUGCUCCCGCUGCACGGCGGACCAGCUGGAGAUCCUCAAAGUGGUGGGCAUCCUGCCCUUCUCCGCGCCGUCCUGCGGGCUCAUCACGCAGACGGACGCGGAGCGGCUCUGCAACGCGCUGAUCUACGGCGGCUCCUACCCGCCCCGCUGCAACAAGGAGUCGGGCUCGCUGGAGCUGGAGCGGACGGAGAAGAGCUUUAAAGUGUAUCACGAAUGUUUCGGCCGGUGCAAAGGCCUGUUUGUCCCGGAACUGUACGGGAACCCGGCGGCAGCCUGCAUCCAGUGCAUGGACUGUAGACUUAUGUUCCCCCCGCACAAGUUUGUGGUGCACAGUCACAAGAGGCUGGAGAACCGGACUGUCCACUGGGGCUUCGACUCCUCCAACUGGCGGGUUUACGUGCUCCUGGACCCGGACUACAACGACCAGGAGGAGAAAGGUCACCUGGAGCAACUCCUCAAAGAGUUGAAAGGAAAAUAUGAUCUGACGGGGAAACUGUCCAAUAAAUCCUGCAGAUCUCCCAGCCCAGUCCCGGCCAAGAAGUCCAAAUUUGACAAAUUACAGUCCCCAUCGGCUGACAAAGACAGGAAACCUCACUGGUUACAAUCCCUGUCCAAGUCUGCACACAAGGAGCUGAAGCAGGUCCAGCUGAAACAGAGGCCGUCUGCUUUCCGCCCCUGGUCUCCCAAAGUAGCAGAAAAAGAGAAACCAGCCACUCAAAACGAUGCAGAAAGGUCCUGCCCAAAGACUCAGGAGGUUUCGGCUGCCCCUCUGCUCAAUCACAAGGACAGCCACACUCCUGGCAGGGGGCCCGCAGCCAUCUCCAUGCAGGAGUUGCAUCACGGUGACACACAGCCUGCAGCAAAACCUUCCCGUUGUAUCACUCCCAGUCGAGCUGACAACGCGGACACGGACGGAGAGAUUGAUGUGGAUGACUGUGAUGAAAAUCCAGUCCCGGCCUCCUCCCAGGCUUCACCUCCCUCCGCCUGCACCAGUGUGUCCUCUCAGAGCAUUGCUCAGCCUCAGGACAAAUCUUCCUGGCUGACGGGGGCCGUUAGCUCGGAGAUGGACACCAUGAGGCAGAUGCUUUAUGCUGGUCUGGACACCAAAGAGGCCCGAGAAAAAAUCCUGCAGGAGAUUGUCAGGAUGAGGGUGAAGCAAGAGGAGAAGCUGGCUGCUGCUUUGCAAUCCAAACGCAGCCUACAGCAGGAACUGGAGUUUGUGAGGGUGGCUAAAAAAGGCCGCCUCCGUGAUGCCAUCGAAGCCAAGCGCAACUUGCGAAAGGAGAUCGAACGCCUGCGCACUGAUUGGGAGAGGAAGAUGAGGGAUGCAGAGGAGUCUUGCGGGCGUUUGAAAAGGGAGUUGGACAGAGAGAGACAAGUGCGAGUUUGCGACAAAGGCUGCGAGGCCGAACGUCUGCGAGUCCGAUACUCCACUCAGAUAGAAGAGCUGCAGGUGCAGCUACAGCAGGCGGAGGGCGACCGUGAGCAGCUGAGGCAGGAGCUGCAGCAGGAGCGAGAGGCUCGACAGAGCCUGGAGUGUGUGGUGAAGAGCCUGCAAACCCAGCUGGCCCUGCAGACCAACAGCAGCGCUCCUGGAGCCUGCAGGGACUCAAGCACAGAUGCACACAGCCACAACACACAAACCAGAAACGGAUCCUAAAGUUGCACAUUUUAAGACGGGCGGAGAGACUCGACGACAAGGAGCAUGUUUAAGGACUUUGUUACAUCUCGCGAUGGACGAAAAAAAUCAAAACACAAAGUCACUUUUGUAGAGGAAAAAAUUGUCAUAUGUAAUAUGUUAUAGCAUACAUCAAUAUUAUUAUGACAAUAUGAAUUUCAUGACAUGACAGGAAAGUAGCAUGAGCAUGUUUAUCAAGAGUGAAACUGAGAAAGACUUCUUUGUUGAUGAACAGAUAUUUUCUUCGACGUCAGGGACCACCUGACGCUCUCCAAGGGUUUCGUUUUGGUAUAAGCUAUUAUAAGAUGUGCAAAUAUCGCUACACAACACUACUUGAAUAUGAAGGGAAGAAACAUGUUGCGCCUGGUGAAACGUAAGCAGAUGAUGAAAGUCUUUGUGCCACAAAAUACUGGUACACUCAGAGGUGUCGUUGCAGACCACUGGAAACAAAAGACACAAGUUUACCACUAUUUACUUUAAAUAUCCGCUUGCUUUUAAUAACUGUGUAGAGGCUGUGCUUUAAAAAAGAUGUAUGAUAAAUAUUGCUUGCGCAGUACUGUUAUUCCACAGGCAAGAAAACAAACAUCCAUAUUCAAACAUGUACGCAUGUAUACCAGCUUAUCUACCUUUUGUAUUUUAUAAACCUGAGCUAUUUGAGUUUCUGUAGGAUGCCUUCAGGUGCACCAUUGUUUAAUGCUUAGAUAUUUUAUGAAAAUGUUACUUCUUUUUUUUUUUCAGUACUGUUUUUGCACCCAAACCAUGUGGUUAAAAGCAAAUAUUUUUGCCCACACUAGUAAACUUAUACAAUACUUUAAAAAAAGAAACUCUUUUUAUGUUGAAAUGCGGUACUUCUGAUUUUUCUACGGAGCAUAGUUAAAUAAUUUAUAUUCUACAAUAAUUUGCUGCCUAUCAAUAGGAAGCGUUCAUUUUUAGUCACUGGUUUUAGGGCUCUUAAAUCAACAGUUGCCGUUUAUAUGAACAUUUCUACAUAAAUACAAAAUAUGGAGAUAUAUUUUUUUACUUUGAGAAAGUAAUUGCACUUUUUAAAGAAAGAACCUUGCAUUUUGCUCCCUGUUGACAUUUUUCAAAUCAGAUAUUAACACGAACUUUGAAAUUAAAUACACUUUCCCUCAGUGUCCUCUUAUGUAAAUACAGUGAUAUUGUAAAUAAGAUAUUUGUUGAGUAUGUUUGCGUGCUCCAGACAUAAUUGACGAUGGAUAUUUUUUUUUCUCUUACUUGAAACCAAAAAUAGACUAUUUGGAUUUGCAAAAUGGAAAUGCCACUGUUGCUGUUCCCUGGAUAUUACAGAGACCACCGGACUCACCAGAACACCACGACUUUUUGAUUUAAAGCAUCAGUGGUCGACUUAUCAAUAGUUUUUGUUGGUUUGACAUUAAAACAGAUUUUUUUUUUGAGCAGAUCUUUGUUAUUUGAUCUGUCAUAGAGUAUAUAUUACAUCUCAGACUGAAAACUGGCUAAAUGGAUUAUGAUUCUCUGCACUUCCAGCUCCCGUGUCAGAUAGAUUAUAAAUGAUAUAUUCUCUUGUUUUUGUUUUGUUUUGUUUUCCCGGGGGCUUUCGUAUAUAUUAGACAAGAAAACACUUUUAUGUCUUAUUAUUAUACCCUUGUUCAGUAUUUGUUGGGUACAGUGUAAUAUCAAUAUCCAUUUUGUUAGCCAAUGCUGUUGUAGUUUUGGUCUGGAAGUGGGUUUUCACUUGCCUCUUGUUUCAAUGUUUUCAAACUUUUUCCUUCAGAAAACUUGUAUAAUACCCAUUAAAAUCGAAAUCUCUUCUA